GGACCAGCUUUAUGCUCGCAAGUGAACUAUAAUAUCUCUCACACAAAGCUACAUGAAAUGAGAACCCCGGAAUUAUCAAACUCUGGGCUACGAUCUCUUCCAAACAUUCUUGCUACCGAUUUCCAACCAACACUCUUCCACUACUACACGGCAAGGAACCUUGGCGCAUAUUUGGAGAUUUCGAAUCAACUUCCGCAGUUAUAUCUCAAUCACGUAUAUGUGGAAGGGCUGGAAAAGAUCGAUUUAUAUGGUGUACGAUUCUUUCAAGAAGCUCAAUUCAAGCAACUGUCGACCUCGUCCAUACACGGUACAGCUUUCGUGUCCUGGUCUGAAAUGUAUUACAACCUCUUCACAAUCUCGACCCGGGAGACUUUGGCCGUAAGAAACUGCCCAGAGAGUAUUCGACGACAGAGAACAGCCCCUGAAGACACCACGAUGAGUAGCCUAGCCGCACAAACAGCUCACGGUAGUGCAUAUUCGCAAGAUAUUGGGAGACAAGUGCACGGAAGAUUAUUCUCAAUAUCUCCCCUAAAAUUGCUGACAUCGGUUCAGAUAGUGAUGAGUGGAGUAGGCUCUUUAGAUGACUUAUACCCAGCAAGGGACAUCGUUCAAGCUGUGUUGCAACCCGUGUUGCAACCUGAGGAAGGGAUUA